CUCUCUGCCUCCAGGACUGGUAUAAGAGCUGAGCUCAGGUGAGCUGGUUCCUCCUGCCCUGUCUCAGCGGCUGUCAGCAGGCAGAUCAUGAGCCAUCACCUCCUCUGGGGCCAGCUAUAGGACGACAGAACUCUCACCAAAGGACCAGCCGCAGCGGGCACCAUGGGACAGUGCCGGUCAGCCAAUGCGGAGGAUGCUCAGGAAUUCAGUGAUGUGGAGAGGGCCAUUGAGACCCUUAUCAAGAACUUCCACCAGUACUCCGUGGAGGGUGGGAAGGAGACGCUGACCCCUUCCGAGCUACGGGACCUGGUCACCCAGCAGCUGCCCCACCUUAUGCCGAGCAACUGUGGCCUGGAAGAGAAAAUUGCCAACCUGGGCAGCUGCAACGACUCCAAACUGGAGUUUGGGAGUUUCUGGGAGCUGAUUGGAGAAGCGGCCAAGAGUGUGAAGCUGAAGAGCCCUGUCCGGGGGAGCUGAGGACUCCCCCUGAAAUUCUGGGGGGUGCUGGGGAGAGACUGUGGGCCUGGAAAGAAAACUUCUCUCCUCUGCCACCACCUGUUCCCUAGCCUGCUCCUCUCCGCAUCUCUGCAGCAUUCAGCUUCUAAUGGCCUUCCCCAGGUCUCUGUGUAAUUCUGUCUUGAGUGCUCUGUGGAGCUCACGGGUGCAGGAGUCCCCACCAGAGGGAGGCUCAGGGAACUGAUUGGGCCAGGGAUGAAUAUUUGAGGGAUGCCGGAGGUAUAAAAAUUGUGUAAGAGCCAAAGAACUGGUAGUAGGGGGAAAACAGAGAGGAGCUGGGCUAUGGGAAAUGAUUUGAAGAAUGGAGCUGGGAACAUGGCUGGAUAUCUGGUAUUUAAAAAGGGUCUUUAAGAACCUACCUCCUAAUCUCUUCCCCAACGCAAACCAUAGCUGUCCAUCCGCUGCUCUCUUCCUGCCUCCUGCUCUGCCCCAGGCUCCUCCUAGACUCCGUCCUUGGGCUAGGGUGGGGAGGAAGGAGAGCAGGGUGCGGGGAGAGGAGGCUGAGGAGGGUAUGACAUGCGGGGAGAGGACCAGCUGGGUGCUUGGGCAUUGACAGAAUGAUGGUUGUUUUGUAUCAUUUGAUUAAUAAAAAAUAAUGAAAAAAGUGAAA